GUCUAAUCUCCCUAUAGAGCUUAUCCUUCCAUAAGUUUAAAGAUUCUUGUUGGUACAAUUUGCAAAUGGCCUCACGCAUUAAUCUCCUGUCAGUAGUUCUAGCUUUGAUUUUCACUGCUGCAUUGGCGUCAGAUAGCAGCCCUCUUCAAGAUUUCUGUGUUGCAGAUGCAAACAGUGCAGUGCUCGUCAAUGGUUUUGUCUGCAAGGAUCCUAAGACAGUUCAAGCCAAUGAUUUUUCCUUCAGCGGGCUUCAGAUGGCGGGCAACACAUCAAACGCAGUUGGGUCAAACGUGACUGCAGUGACUGUAGCCCAACUUCCAGGACUUAACACUCUUGGCAUCUCUCUUGUUCGUAUUGACUACGCACCAUGGGGUAUCAAUCCUCCCCACACCCACCCUCGUGCAACCGAAAUCUUGACAGUCUUGAAAGGUUGCCUUGAAGUUGGGUUUGUCACUUCAAACCCCGAAAACCGCCUAAUCACAAAGGUGCUAAAGAAGGGUGAUGUGUAUGUAUUCCCAAUUGGCCUCAUCCAUUUCCAAAGAAAUGUUGGUAAGGAAAUGGCCAUUGCCAUUGCAGCUCUAAGCAGUCAAAACCCAGGUGUUAUAACCAUUGCCAACGCUGUGUUUGGGUCGAAUCCAGAUACUCCUAGUGACAUUCUUGCAAAGGCUUUCCGGGUGGAUAAGAAUGUCGUCAAGUUUAUCCAGUCAAAGUUCUAGAGAAGCCGUGAUAAUUUCCCCUGGUGAUUGUAUCUGGGUGUGAAUUGUUAAUUUGUCAUGGCCUUAGUGGCAUGAGUUUGUGUGCA